AUGCUCCCGAAGCCGGCCUGGCUAGAGGAGAAAAGCACGCCGAAGGAUACGCAAGAUGAUGACGAUGAGGAAGAUUACAUGUCCAUGGCCAUCCUUGAACCGCCGAAGCCCAGUAGAGCGAAAGAAACCUACACCCAAAGAUGCCUCCGCACACAGAGAGAGUCCGAAGCGAAAGCCCGUGUCCCUUCAAAGGCCGAACUUGCCGCUGCAGAAGCUGCCCGUCGCGAUGAGGCUCUCGCGAAAAGUACGCUCGAUCCGUCCAAUAAAGGGUUUCAGAUGAUGGCUCGGCUAGGAUACAAACCAGGAACUGCUCUGGGCAAAGAUUAUUCUGCGGAGCAUCCUUCGGGCCGGAACGAGUGGAAUCGCCGUAUUACAGAACCCUUAAGCAUAUCUGUGAAGGAGGAUAGAGGUGGAAUUGGAAUGGAUACCGAGAAGAAACGGAAAUUCAGAGAGGAAGUGGAAGAGGAGGCAAAAAAGGUGAAAACCGAGCAAGUUGAUUUUCGGGAGAGAGUAAGGCUUGAAAGAGAGGCACGAAGGGCGGAAGCUCAGUUCCAUGCUGCGCAAAAAGUCGCUGAGAGAUUGGAUACGGAAUCCGAAGAGAAACAACAGGACCCUGUAAACGCUAUCUCCACGCCAACAGCUGAGGAAAAAGCCAAUGGCGGUGCUAAUGGUGCAAACCCUGAUGAUGCUAACACAAAGAAGCGCCCUAUCAAGCGCAUUUCACAGAUCAACAUCCUUUAUCGUGGGCUUGCUCGAGCGCGGGAAGAAAAGGUCAUUGAAGAUCAGGCUCAACGGCGACGAUAUGAAUCCCUUUCAUCACGCGAUCAGAGCUUCUUCUCCCGCAAUGCACCCGGACUUCCUACCUAUAAUGACACUGAUCUUGACACAGACGACAAGUUAGCCCUGGGUCGAAAUGCCGAAGGAGAUAUCGUGGAGGUCGAAUGUGAUCUCGAGGAAGAUCCGGAGCUGGAAGAGUUUAACGCCUUGAGCCCGCAGGAGAAGCUGACACGCAUCGUGGCGUACCUGCGUGAGAAACACAACUAUUGUUUCUGGUGCAAAUACCGAUACGAAACCCCAGAGAUGGAUGGAUGCCCUGGCGUAACAGAAGAGCAGCAUGAUUGA